GCUGGCGCGAGAGGGCCAACUCCAUGGCAACGGGACACCAACAACACCUGCUGUGGACAGGAUAUCAAUAUGGAGGAGCCGAGGAUUGAGAAACUCAAAAUGUCACCUAAAAAAGUUUUUAUCAACAACAUAGACUCAUACGCUUCUAAAUAUAUUGCCAUGUUGUUGUGCGCAUGUGUGGCCGAAGCACCUGUUGAUUCUGAUGGAGAGAUAAAGACCGAGGAAGAGGAGAAGAGGGAGACAUCAAACCGCGGCGGAGAAGCAGCUUUUCACGUUGUUGGAACAGUUUCCGACAAAUCUGACGACAUCAGGCCAUAUGUCCUGGAGGAGUAUUUACAACUGAACAGGGAGGAGCUACUUUCAAAGCUGAUGGACUGUGAUGUUAUCAUCUACAACAUUAGCCAGCACGCUGAUCAGCUGGAGGAAGCCCUCUGGGCUGUUUCAGCUCUCCACAAUGAAAUGGGCCAUUUUUCUGGACCAAAGAUGUUCAUCCUCGUCUCCACAGUGAUGACCUGGGCCAGCAGCAAGCCACUCAGUCCUGAUGCCACUUUCACUGAUGAGGAAUUCAGGAAAAGAAGAGCACAUCCCAACUUCAUACAACACAUUGACCUGGAGAGGAGGGUGGUCAAGAUGGGCAAAACUAACAGGACAUUGUUCUCGACAUACGUGGUGGCCUCAGGACUUCAGUACGGGAUGGGAGAGCAGAUCUUCCACUUCUUUUUCAAGACAUCAUGGCUGGGACAGGAACAUGAAAUACCUGUUUUUGGAGACGGCAACAACAUCGUCCCCGCUAUUCACGUCACUGACCUGGCAAGUGUGAUUCAGAAUGUGAUUGAACAUCAGCCCAAAAAGUAUUACCUGCUAGCUGUGGACUCUUCCAACAAUACCAUGGAGGAGAUUGUAAAGGCAGUUGCCUCUGUACUUGGACCAGGGAAGAUCCAGAAAAGGCCAUUUGAGGAAGCCUUCCUCACGCAGGACCUGAGUGUAAUGGAAAUUGAUUCCUUGCUGGUCAACCUAUGCAUGGAGGCUGUCCAUGUCAAGGAACUGUUCUCUAUGAACUGGCUGUGUGAGUCUGGUCUGGUGGAGAACAUGGAGCUUAUUGUAGAGGAAUACCAGCAGAGCAGGGGACUACUCCCCAUCUGCCUGUGUGUACUGGGUCCUCCUGCGGUGGGAAAGAGCACAGUGUCCAAACAGAUAUGUCGUUACUAUAAACUCCAUCACAUCACACUGAAGGAGACCAUCUCUGAAACCAUCGCACAACUGGAAGAUACUGUGAAGAAUGCUGAUCCAGAUGCAUACAGUGAUGACUUUGCAGCAGAGGCCCGCGAACAGCUGAACAGCCUGAGGGAGAGUAUGGAGCAACACGGAGGUCUUUUGGAAGAUCAGCUGUUGGUGAAAGUGGUGAAGGACAAGCUGAUGUCUAACCCAUGCAGAAACCAGGGUUUUGUUCUGGACGGCUUUCCCAAGACGUAUGAACAAGCCAAAGAGCUCUUCUAUGCUGAAGAUCAUGAAUCAGAAGAUGGAACAUCCAUGUCUUCAUACAGCAAGAAGAUCAUGCCAGAGUUUGUGUUGUGCCUGGAGGCAUCGGAUGCCUUCCUGAAGGAUCGGGUGAUGAACCUGCCUGAGAGGCAGGUACAGGAGCACAACUACAAUCAGGAGCACUUCUUGCGACGACUGGCCAGAUACAGAGAGAACAACGCGGAAGAUGACACUGUUGUAAACUACUUUGAUGAGCUGGACAUCACCCCUCUGUGCCUGGAGAUCACUAGUAGCAAUGAACCUGACUGCCUGCUGCUGAUGCUGAAGAUCUUCGACACGGUGGGCAAGCCCAGGAACUACGGCCCAAGCAGCCAGGAGGUGGAGGAAGUGGAGAGGAGGAAGGCUGAGGAGAAGAUGAGAAGAGAGGCCCAGGAAAAGGCCGAGGAAGAGAGGAGGGAGGCAGAGGAGGCCAAAUACAGGGCUGCACACUGGGAGGAGUGGACUCGGGGUUUGGAGGAGGUGAGGCAGAAGGAAGAGGAGCUGCUGGAGGCCCACUCCGUCCCUAUGAGGAACUACCUGAUGGAGCACGUCAUGCCCACUCUGACCCAGGGCCUGAUCCAAUGCUGCACAGUCCAACCACAGGACCCUGUGGACUUCCUGGCGGAGUUCUUGAUCAAGAAAAAUCCAUUUAGCUACUGAAAGAGGAGGUCAUUUCUUCUGGUUGCACCUGCACACGUGUCAAAUACAAACAAACUGAAAUGAAAUAUUUUUUUCUCUUAAUUUUCCCAAGCUCUUUAGUAUAUUAAAACUGAAGUCAA